AUGUAUUUCAUUCGUGGAUGCCACAUUCAGACGCUGACAAAUGAUCAGGAACUACAUCGUCCACUUGUGGAGCAUGGAACCAGUCUUCUUUUUGGGGCAGUGGUCUUAAGCUGUGCUUUUUUCUCAGCUGCCAUAUCUUCUCUUCCUGUGCUGCGCCAGUUCUACCUCCAGGUAAGGCUUACUGAAUGCAAUUUUCGCACUGGUCAUCACUUUUAA